UUUGUAAGAUGUUGACUUUUGCCGCCGCCGCUGAGUUGUGUCGGUGACGCCGACAAGUAGUUCACACGAUUUACGGCAUAAAUCAGCAGCGAGUCAUUGGUUUUCAUUCAGUUUGUGCAAAACGAGCGGCGAGCUAUGCAGUGAUAUAACAAAUAAACGCUUGUUGACGCUAAAAAAUUGGUUGCUCUUUCCCCCGCCGAAGACUACAGCAGCUGGUUGGUGGUUGAUAAACAAAGAAAAAAAUAAUAAUAAUAUUGUAACCGAGUGGAAAUCGUGCAGCAGUACUGGAAAAGGAAAAACUGUAACGUCGCACAAUUGGGAAAUGAAAAUUACAUAGUUGCAAGCAAGCUGAAGGCUGCAGUUGAAAAGAUCUGUAUUGCAGGCUGAGAAACACCACUACAGCAGAAAUUUCAGCUCAAAGCGAACGCUCUCACGCCAAACGCGGCACAAAAGUUAAGUCGUGCGAAAAAUUUUCACUUUGCUGAUAACAAAUGCUGCUUGUUGGAAACGGUAGAGACGGUAAGAGGGUCUGAAAUAAUAUUAAAAAUUGCACGUACGAAACGAAUUUCAGUAAAAGGUUGUGCGCAAGCAAAGAAAUUGUCCUGCCUAGCGAUUGAAAUACAACGCAGAAUACCAUACGCAUACCAACAGGCGCUGGCAGCAACUAAAAAUAGACACAUCCUCACACUUAAGGGAGAGCCAUUUGCACCGCACACAACACAACUCCCACACGCGCUUGGCAUUAGACGCCUACGCGUUCCAGCUUGCGUCGUAGAGCGACGAAACGCUGAAAGGCACAUCGUGCCCGAAAAGCCCUAGCAGUGCAACCUUGCGUCUCGCUGCGACAGUAAUAACGAAUUUGGUAUAAAAGACAAAAAAAUCGCACAGACGCCACUAGCUGCCACCAGCUAGCUACUUAACUAACGCUCAUCACUUGUCAAUUUCACGUCAAGAUGUUCACACGCUGUCGCCAUCAGCAGCACCAGCCACAGCCACAGCUGUUCCUCGCCUUCACAUUAGCUUUGCUGCUGUGUGCCACCUUAACGCAAGCGUUUGUCAUUAAGGAUGACGAGUCCUUCCUGCAAUCGCCCUAUUAUCAGUCGCAGGGCGAAAUCGAGGACAUGUUUGCACGUUUCGCCAAGACAUUCCCGGAGAAUGCGCGUGUCGAGACCAUCGGCCGUUCGCUGGAGGGCCGCAAUUUGGUGGUCUUGCAGAUCGGCAAGAACGUGCAGCAACCACGCACACCGCUCACGCCCAUGGUCAAAUACAUUGGCAACAUGCAUGGCGAUGAGACAAUUGGUCGCCAGCUGCUUAUCUAUUUGGCCCAAUAUCUGCUGUACAACUAUGAGACGAACUUGGAGGUGGCGAACCUGGUCAACACCACCGACAUAUAUCUGAUGCCGACAAUGAAUCCAGAUGGCUACGAGCGAUCGCAGGAAGGUAAUUGUGAAUCACUUCUGAAUUAUGUUGGUCGCACCAACGCAGCUGGCAUCGAUUUGAAUCGCGACUUUCCCGAUCGCCUGGAAAAUCAACAAGUCACCCAAUUGCGCUCGCACCGACGUCAACCGGAGACGGCGGCCAUCAUUAACUGGGUGCUCAGCAAGCCGUUUGUCUUAUCGGCCAAUUUCCAUGGCGGCGCAAUUGUGGCGAGUUAUCCGUAUGAUAAUUCAAUCGCCCAUCAUGAAUGCUGCGAAGAGAGUCUCACACCGGACGAUCGCGUAUUUAAGCUAAUGGCUCACACGUAUGCCAAUAAUCAUCCGAUCAUGCGACAGGGUCACAGCUGCAAUGACACCUUCACCGAUGGCAUAACAAAUGGCGCCCACUGGUAUGAGUUGAACGGUGGCAUGCAAGAUUUCAAUUACGCCUACACAAACUGCUUCGAAUUGACCAUUGAGUUGUCGUGUUGCAAAUUUCCAACUGCUGCCACGCUGCCCGCCGAAUGGGCGCGCAACAAGCGUAGUUUACUGCAGCUACUGAAACUGGCCCAUGUCGGCGUUAAAGGUCUGGUUACGGAUGCUAGUGGUUAUCCAAUCACUGAUGCAAGCAUUGUGGUCUCCGGGCUGGAGGAUAAGCCGAUACGCACCACGAAACGCGGCGAAUACUGGCGUCUGCUCACACCCGGCUUAUACAAUGUGCAAGCAUUGGCAUUUGGCUAUCAGCCCAGUGAGCCGAAACAGGUGCACGUGACCAACGAGAAUAGCGAGGCGUUGCGCCUCGACUUCACACUGUCGCCGCUCGAGACGAACUACGAUGGUGAUUUCCGCAAAGUGAAAGUGGAACGGUCCAAAGCGCCUGCGAAUGACGACGAUUUCCUGACGCCAACCAAAUUUGAGCAUCACAACUUUACGGAAAUGGAAAAAUAUUUACGUAACAUUGCCGAGUCAUACCCUAGCAUAACCCGUCUUUAUUCGAUCGGUAAGAGUGUACAGCAACGUGAUCUCUGGGUUAUGGAGCUAUUUGUCACACCGGGUCAACAUAUAGCCGGCGUACCGGAGUUUAAAUAUGUCGCCAAUAUGCAUGGCAACGAAGUAGUCGGCAAAGAGAUGUUAUUACUGCUGACAAAGUACAUGUGCGAACGCUAUAGUGUCGACGGGCGCAUCACGAAGUUGGUAAAUACUACACGGAUGCAUUUUCUCUACAGCAUGAAUCCCGAUGGCUAUGAAAUAUCACACGAGGGUGAUAAAUCAAGCGGCAACGGGCGUGCUAAUGCGAAUAAUAUCGAUUUGAACCGUAACUUUCCCGAUCAAUACGGCACAGACAAGUAUAAUGCGGUGACCGAACCGGAGGUGGCUGCAGUCAUGAAUUGGACGCUUUCGCUACCGUUUGUAUUGUCGGCGAAUCUACAUGGCGGCUCAUUGGUAGCCAAUUAUCCAUUCGAUGACAACGAAAACGAUUUCAACGAUCCAAUUGCCCGUCUACGGAUGGCAACGACAAUGGGUCGAAAGCUUAAUCCGACGGAGGAUAACGAGUUAUUUAAACAUUUGGCUUCGGUGUACGCGGAGGCUCAUCCUACAAUGCAUCUCGGCAACCCAUGUCCCCUUUUCAAACACGAAUACUUUCCUAAUGGCAUUGUGAAUGGCGCCCAGUGGUAUAGCGUGACGGGCGGCAUGCAGGAUUGGAAUUAUAUACGCGCCGGCGUACUGGAACUGACACUCGAGUUGGGCUGCGACAAGUUUCCAAUGGCCGAGGAGUUGAUAAAUUAUUGGCACGACAACCGUGAGCCACUGCUGAAAUUUAUCGAGCAAGUACACUACGCCGUGCAUGGUACGGUCCGCAGCUCUAUCGGCUCGGCUAUAGCGGGUGCGGCAGUCCGACUAGAUGGGGCCAAACAUGCCGGUUUUAGUGGUGUCAAUGGCGAUUACUGGAAGCUGGCCUUGCCAGGCAGACAUAACAUUACAAUAAUCGGAGAUGGUUUUGCGCCAUAUCGCGAGGAAGUCGAAAUACCAGAAGACACACGAGAGAUGCGCCUGGAUGUGAUCUUGAUGCGCGAUGAUCCACAGCAUUGGUCUUCGGCCAAUGAUUUCCGUGUGAUCGAGAAUGUGGUGAAGACGCGCUAUCACAGCAAUCCAGAAAUUCGACAACGUUUAGCUGAGUUCGAAACGCGCAGUGGUCAGAUUGCGUCCUUUGGCUAUGCAGAGAGCGAAUUCGGUAUCUACUAUAACUCUAUUAAGCUGACAGCCGAUAUCGGUGAACCUGAGGAGACAAAAUAUAAAAUUCUCAUUCUGAGUUCCUUCUUCGACACCACCUCGCCGCUGGGUCGUGAAAUCACUAUGAAUAUAGCGCGGCACAUACGUGAGGGCUACAAAAUACGCGAUACCAGCACCUUGAACUUACUCGAAAAGAGUGUGCUAUACCUAUUACCGUUAACUGAUAACUUCGAUGUAAUCUUCAAUAUGUAUAACAGAAAUAACUCGCUCUGUGAUCCCGAACUAGGUAAUGAGUUAGCUGAUCGUUUGCUCAGUCCCGAAACGGAGAAGAAACGCGAUUUACUUUUGCAGUUUUUAGAUACCGAACGCUUCGAUCUGGUGUUAACCUUUACUGCUGGCAGUUCAGAUUUAACUUACCCCAAAGGCGAACCAAUCAUCGAGAAGCUCGCACAUUCCAUUAAAGACAGCGAGUUCAGCACACCGCCACAUCAAUGCUCGCUCACCAGCACACGUUCCCUGCAUCAGGCCACAACGGACCGACUUACAAAUCUUCUUUACAAAAUGUACAACAUACCUCUCUUCAGCUUGGGGCUCUCCUGCUGUCGUAUGCCCGUCCAAUCGGAAAUCGCCGGCAUUUGGCGCAAAAAUAUCGACAGAAUUAAGAACUUCCUACGCCUCAUCGAAACCGGCGUAGAAGGUCUGGUGCACAACGAUAAAGGUGAGCCGCUGCGCAACGCUUUCGUGCGUCUCAUCGAUCAUCACCACGUCUACAAUGUUACACGCAAUGCGGCACGUUUCCAAAUCAUUCUGCCGCCUGGCGAAUACGCUUUAGAAAUUAGCGCGCCGCAUUAUGAGUCUGAGGUAAAACGUGUGCUAAUCACACCACAACAUGUCAACAACAUGGGCGUGGUGAAAUUGAACGCCUUUACACUGCUCACCGGUGUGAGCGAGGUGCAUCGCUUGGGCGGCGACAAUGCGGGCAGCGCAACUGCACUUAACACGCAGACAGCAACCAUCUCCGGCUUCGUUCUGGACACCAUCAAUCACCCCGUGAAGCAUGCAAAGGUUUCGAUCGUAGCGCCACACACGCGCAACUAUCUGCGCAAUUUCACCGACAGUUUGGGCGCCUAUAGCAUAAGCGGUGUGCCGCUGGGCGAGAUAACACUGAAGGUGGAGGCGCCGCGUCAUGUGAGCACUGAGCGCGCGGUGCAUGUAGAAGGUGGCGCAGUGCGCGGUGUCAUUUUCCGUCUGAAUGUCGACGAACAUGUGUGGGGCAUGCCACGUUGGCUGUUCAUCUUGUUCGCCAGCAUCAUUAUUAUUGUGACCAUGAUACUCUGCUUCUUGUGCGUGCAAUUCUUGUUGGCACGUCGCCAUCGCGCCGACAAACGGUACUACAGCUUUUCGCUUCUCCCCCAGAAGGGAAAAGAACUGUUCGAGGAUGAUGGUGAUGAUGGCGAAACGGAACUGUUCCGCUCACCCAUCAAAAAAAGCAUGUCCAUAAAACCUUACUAUGACGUCGAGGGACUCGAAAUGGCGCACAGCGAUGACGAUGAAGACGAUUUUCGAAAUGAUUUCAACGAGGAUAGCGGUGAAGACGUAGUCAUGUUGGAUAAACGAAAAUAAACUGUGAUUAAUAAAGAAAAUAACGAAAACAACCACAACAACAACAUGCUGAUAGUAAUUAGUACAAGCAGGAAAGACCACAAACCACAUUGGCACAGCAAAGUACGUACUAACUCUGAUUUACAUGCUAAAUUAUAACUUAGAUUUUAUAUACACAUGUUAAACGUAGAUAAAUUUGCAAAAAUUUGAAAUAUUUUCGCACAGAAAAUUUAAUAAAUAAAAUGUACGAAAAGUAAUCAUUUUACCAAAAUACAAUAAUAUUAAAAACAACUAAUUUCAAUAAAUCUUCAAAUUAAACAAGUGUUUUCUAAUAUUUUAUAAUUAAUUUAUUUUUAAAUGCUAAUAUUUCCAAUGAUAUUAUUCUAACAAUGUAACUAGUUUGUAAAAUUGUGCAAAAAUAUACAACAAACAAAUACAUAUGUAAAAGCAAAAAAAAAGUAAAUAUCAGUAAUUCUAACUGCCAACCUCUGCAACCGAAUCUCAACGAAAAGUUAACAUUGAAAUUUUUAUAAAAAAAAUCAGCUUUGUCAAUGUAUCCUGAAUUCAGCUGUUUAAAUUUUCAAUUAAAAUAUUUAAAAAAAAUUAAACCUGCUAGUGCUUUCAUAUUUGAAAAAUUUUAGCUGCAUUCAUUGUAUAAAAAUAAUAAAAAAAAAAAUCAUUUACCAAAAAAGACUGACGGUAAAUUAGAGCAUCAAUUUUAAUGUAUAAAUAAAUUAAGCAAUUGACAAUUAAUUCAAUUUUAUGCAUGCACGCCAAAGUUUUUUCAAAAUUUAGUUACUCAUUUGCCAAACUUGCUUUGAAGUCUUUAAAAUAAAUUGAAUUUAAAAUGUAAUAUACUGUGAAUGCUAACGACUUUUACACGCGCAAAAGUUUUGUUGGUAAUAAUGAAGUUAUUGUUUUCCGUUUCUUCCGUUUUCUUUUUCUUUUCGUUUCUGUAAAGUAUAAAUUUUUUGUUUGACAGCUAAAACUAAAGCAAAAGUAUAUGCUAUAUGUAUAUAUACAUAAAAAAUUAGGAAAAGUAAGAAAAAAAAUGUUUUUGAUAUUUUUUCCUGGGAAGUUGCAUUUUAUUUUUAUAUACAUAUAUUUGCAUUUUUUUUCUAAAUUUAGCAGCUUGAAACUAAAAUUAGAUAAAAAUAUAUAUAUAUUUUAAAAUCAAUUUCAACUUUUUCAAAUAUUAUUUUUUUUUUAACAAAAAACUGUGUUUAAUGUAUCUUUUUUAUAAAUAAAAAUUUCAAUUGUUAAAAUAUAUUAUAAAAUUGUCAAAAUCUAUAAUUUUUGGGCAUUUUAAAAUGAACUUCAUAUUUCGUUAAAAAAAUAUGCAUUAAAAAUUUCAACUAAUUAAAAAUAAGUUAAAUGUCCAUUUGCAGAUAUGGUGUCACUUUAUAAUUUUCUUUAGUAAUCAUUCUAAUCAUAUUUCCAGUGCAGCACACAUUCCACAAAAGUUGUAUAUUUUUUCAUGAAAUUUUCUUUUACCAUGCAUACAUUUUUUUAAAGAGUAGUUUAGUAGUUUGAUGCUUUUUAUGGUACUCAUGAAAAAUUAAAAAAAUAUAUUUAUACAAUAUAUACACAAUUAAUAUAAUUUAUAUUAUAUCUCUAUGCGUAGCGCGUGUUGAACACCAAAACUGUGCAAUACAUUAAGAAAGAAUGGCAAAUUUAAAAAAAAAAAGCGAAUAUAUAAAUCCAUAUGAAUAAUUUAAAAAUAUAUAUACAUAAAUGUAAUCAUACAACACACACGUACGCCUGUCAAGCCGUGAAAACAGCAAACAGUUGUAU